AUGACGGGCAGCCUGCGCGCGCACUUAUGUGUUCUGCUGCUGAGCGUGACGGCGCUCCGCGGACGCGGCCGCUACAUAGACGUUCAGGAGAACGAGAUCAGCGCGGAGGGACUGUUCUCCCUCCUGAACUCCGAGCUGAAGCGGGAGUCGCCGGACCUGUACCUGUACCGGAGACCCUUGAAAUGUCUGGACAUGGUGGCGGUCGAGGGUCAGUUCACGUUUACGGCAGACCGUCCGCAGCUCAACUGCGCGGCUUUUUUCAUCGGUGAGCCGACCGACAUCAUCAGCAUCGAGUACGACUCCGUCAACAUCAACUGCAGAGGAGGGGACUUCAUAAAGGUGUUUGACGGCUGGGUGAUGAAGGGCGAGAAGUUCCCGAGCUCGCAGGACCAUCCUCUUCCUCUCUACGAGCGCUACUCAGACUACUGCGACAGCGGAGAGGCUCAGCCAAUCGUGCGCUCCUCUCAGAACGUCGCCAUGGUGUUCUUCAGGCUUCACCAGUCAGGCAGCAGCUUCACCAUCACCUUCCGCAAAGUCCUCAACCCCUUCCCAUGCAAUGUGAUCUCUCAGACUCCAGAGGGCAGGUUCAGUAUGGUUAUUCCACAGCAGCACAGGAACUGCAGUUACUCCAUCAUCUACCCGGUGGAGAUCCAGAUUGGAGAGCUCAGCCUUGGACACCACAAUGACCUGAAGCGUUCAGUCCCCGGCUGUGCGGGUGCAGGGGAUUUCGUAGAGCUCCUGGGGGGAAACGGGGUCGACACCUCCAAAAUGUUCCCAAUGGCAGACCUCUGUUACUCCUUCAACGGACCAGCCCAGCUGAAAGUAGGCUGUGAUAACACGGUGGUCAGGAUGGUGUCCAGCGGGAAGUUUGUGAACCGGGUCACCUUCCAGUACCGGCUACUGGACCACCAGGAGCUGCAGAAGCUAAAGGGAAACAGCGUGGAGGACUUGUGUUUAAGUGGAUAAUGGCCUCUCUCUCUCUCUCUCUCUGUCUCUCUCUCUCUUCCCCUCUCUCUGUCUCUCUCUCUGUUCUCUCUCUCUCUCUCUCUCUCUCUCUCUCUCUCU